AUGUCAUCAUCAUCAACGGCAAUGUCACGAUCACCAACGACAACAACACCAUUACCAACAGCUGUGACCACAACUCAACAAUUAGGUAAGCUGUACACAAACGCUUCUUAAUCUACCUAAAUAUUACUUUUAAAUCAGGUAUAUGUAGUUGCUAUACAUCUAGCUAACGGUUACACUAAAAUCAUCGAGAAUCAGUAACUUAUCAAAAGUCAAUCAAAAUCAUUUGAAGUAAAGAACAUUCAGCGGAAAUAGUUUUAGAUUCUUUGUAGGCUUCGAAGGAUUCUGGUUGAUUUUAAAUGGUUUUGGAUGACUUAUACAGUUUAGACUGGUUGUAGGAUAAUUUAAAUUACCUUUCUUCUUCUAAUAUUAUAAUCAUAUUUAGUCGAAUUAGUCGUUCAAAAAUGAUAAUUUUGAUUUGUUUUGUUACAGUCGAUUCGUAAUCGAUGAAAAUUGUAUAAUUUCAAUCCUUUAUGAAAUCAUUUGCAUUGAUAUAUUGCAGCUUUUUUCUUGCAAUAGUAAAACGGAAGGAAUAUAUACAGAAAAAAUACUUCAUUGGAGAAUAAUCUCCAAAUUAGUAAUAAGAGAUUCGCGAAAUCAGGCGACUUGAAAUGAGGAUGUUUGUGAAUGGGGUGUAGUUGUAUAGGCGAUGAGAACACCAUCAACGACACUCACAUCCACACCGAGUUUCGAAAGAUAGUAGGUAUUACGAAAACUUUGCCCAGAUUAAUAGUUGUAUCAAUACCUAAUCAAUAAGCGGAGUAUUGUAUUCUAUUUUUACAGAAUCUAUACAUACACAUUACUGACGAAACUAUUUCAUGUGAGACAGUCGUAUAGCAAUGUUCAAUCUCUUGAAGCAAAUGAACUCGAGACAAAAUAACAAUGAGAGCUUCACAUCUAGCCCAUGAAGAAUCGUGCAAUGAUUCCAUUCAGUUUCUCCAGUCAUCUCAUGACAGCAAUGUAUUCUUCUACAUGCAAAUUACUCAUUUGUCGAGCAUUUUGUACUUGAGUAUGGUUCUCAUUCAUUAUUAAAAAUGCAUUGACUACCUGUUCCAUAUCGAUCAUGAAGAUUAUAUAAGGGUGGGUGUCGGUGUGAGUGUGAGUGUGAGUGUGGGUGUGGGUGUGGGUGGGUGUGUGGGUGGGUGUGUGGGUGGAAGUGAAGAGAAGAUAAACACUCUCACGCACACGCACACCCACACCCGGUUGUUGUCAGUUACCAUAAGUUGAGUCUCGGAAGAACUGUGUCAACUUCAGGCCUCACUACCAUCUUUUUCGAUGAUCAAACGCUUUCCUCUGUGAAUUUAACAAUGACAAUUGACAAAAUACUUAUUAUUCUUAGUAGGUGCUAAUUCACUACAUUUUCCUCCAUGGCAUUCAAUAAUUGUCGAAUAGCAAGAGAAGGUUCGAGAAAACGACCUGAUUCGUAACUAUAUAGCAAUAGGAGGGACGUUUUCAUCCUUUUCCUCCUCAACAACAGUUUCUUUUUUCUGUAAUUCUAAUUGCCAAUGACAUGUGACGCAUCUAAACAGGUAUCUCAUGUAUACUUUUUAUUGAUACUGUAUCAUCAAACAUAUUGACAGAGGUAGUCAUUACAGUAGCAUGCAACAAUUCACUAGUAGCCGUAAUCGGUAAAAAUGAUUGGGCUAUCAGUCUUGAUCAGUAUCCAUGUCAGAUUCUGACUAUAGUAUACGUAUUAAUAUUCGCCAAAUAGAGUUUAGCCUUUCUCAUGGAAAAAAAAGUGACAUUCAACACAUUAAAACAGACAUUAAUCUUAUUCACUUGUGAGUACAUCGAUAUAAUGACAUGAUGAAUAAUACUCGCUAAAGUUCCCAUUGUGAGAAUACCAAUAUGUUAAUUGCUAUUCAAAAUUCGUGUUACAUUAUCUUUUACGCAUUCAUCAUCUAUUAGAUUAAAGCCGUUCACCAUUCUCAUUGUAUUGUAAUACUGCUUGUGUGCACACAGUUCGUGCAAACAACGACAACUAAUUUCAUCGAUACACAUUGUUGAAUAAAAUGUAUGAAUAGUGCGAAACAUACAGUCGCCAUCACUACUCACUUUGAUAAGAAUUAAAUUAUGAUUCUCAAUUUUUAUAUAGUUUUCUAACAGAUUUUUUACUUGUUGCUCAGUUGGGUGUAAAUUUCCAUCGUAGAGUAAUGUAGGCGGACCCAUCACAGGAUACAGCAUGAUUGCAACAUGGAGAUCCAUACAUCUUGCUUUUCAGGUUCAUAAACUUUCACAGUCGUCUUUUAUUCUGAUUAAUAGCCAGACAUAGAAAACACCUUUAGUCUUGCUGAGGCAAGUUCCAGAUAACAUUAAGUUCGAACAGAUAUUGUAAACCAAACAGGUCGUUUGUUCUUAUCUUUCCGUAAUUGACAGCAUUGUCCACACACUUGGUAUCAAUGACAUUGAAGUGAAGAUAGAAAAUUUAUUGAUAUUCUUUACGUUGCUCAUCACUGUUGCAUUCUAUUCAGCAAUGCACUUUCUCAUGUGAGCAGUUAUUUCAGAUAGCUAAUAAUUAUCUCCAAAGACUACAGCGCUUCUAAUAGGGAUCCAAACAAACUGCUCAGCACUACGCAGUGUAUGAACUAUUUACAAACAUAGGAUUUUAUAUGAAUAUCAAUGAGGAAAGUUGGGACCAAAAAUCCGAAUAGAACUUGAACCUGAACCGAAAGUACAAUGGCAAAUUACACCUAGGCUGAACUCUCUUCUCCUUUCAAAAUUAUUUUGGAUUUGAACCGAAAAUUCUUUUCGUCCAAAUUCUAGUAAUUCAUGUUCACAGGCUCAUUAAUUUUGUGAAUAAUAUGAUGAUAGUUGGAAAAUACGAACCUAGUUUAUCUGUUAUUUAUGAAUAUGAAUUCUUUACCAAAAAUGUGAAAUCCACGGUCACACUGUAUCAUGAGCGACUUCUUACAAUAAACUCAAGGCUUUUUUUCGGUCAUCAGAAAUUCAGGAAAAACUUUGUUUUAUUAGCAAGAAACAAUUUUCAUUUUACAAAAUCCAAAAUUCUCCGCCCAUCAUUAGACCAGCGUGUGGGUCCAACAAUUACAGAUUCUUCUCAGAAUGAGCACAUACAUAUGUUUUCGUAUAGGAUCGAUCAAUGUCGGCAGUAUGAGCCUUCCAAGAGAAGGGCACACAGAGACCUUAUUAACAAAUGGAAAAGUACUAGUUACAGGUGGGAAUAAUCAUGGCGAUUAUCAACAUAGUGCCGAAUUGUAUGAUCCAUCAACAGGAACUUGGACAACUACUGG